AUGUCACCUCUUCGCACUAACGAUGCGCCGUCGUCGUCGCCUCGGGAGCGGCACGUGAGCAUCCUCCACGCCAUCCCAUUCCCGUUCGACUUCCUGCCUUUCAUCUGGGCGAUUCUGGUCACAGGAAAGAAAAACCCCAAGGAAACGUGCAGGAGUGCGGGCGGGAUCUGCACGGAAAAGGAGAACUGCGACGAAGAGAUGGUGGUGAAGAAGCGGGACUGCGGCGGCGGCGACGUCGUCUGCUGCCUUCCUGAACCGGAGGAGGAGCCAGAGAGCGAAGAGGAAGACGAAAAGGAUUGCCUGGAAGUGGGAGGGAUCUGCACGGAAGAGAGAUAUUGCCGCCGCGGGAACAUCGGACGCCGGGGGAGAUGCGAGGGGGAGGGAUCCUGCCGACGAACACGAAGUGCGAGAGCGUCGGAUUCUGCUGCGAGGAGACGAAGACGGCCGUUCCUCGCCUUCGCCUUCCCGGGUGCGCUCCCGGACUCGACUGCUGCAUCCUCGUCCGCCGUCGUCGCCUCGGCAGCGGCAGGUGAGCUUCCUCCUCGCCAUCCCAUUCCCGUUCCACUUCCAGCCGCUUCCGGCACGCUUUUCGUCACAGGGAGCAUCGUGACUUCGGAGGCGUGCGGUCGAUCGGGUGGGAUGUGCACGAAGAAGGAUAACUGCGACCCGGAGGCGCUGAUGAAGGAGCACGUGGACAAGUGCGGCGGCGGCGGCGAUAUCGUCUGCUGUCAUGGAACCCCGCUGGACACCCCGUGCGAGAAGAUCGGAUUAUGCAAGGAGGAGUGCAAGGGUCCGAGGGCGAACCUCCGAGGGUGCAAGGAGAGCGAGGUUUGCUGCGUCCUCGUAUGAAACACCUUUCCCCCCCCCAUUCUUCUUCUUCUCCUGUUUGUCGGCCUAGAGUUGAGGGAUGUCGUUGCUCUUCGAAGGGAGUGGAAAUCUGUGG